AAACGCGUCCGCGGCGUCAAAGUCGCCCGCCAUUUCAUCAUCGGUAACGAAGCCCACGUCCUCCCUUACAAUGGCUAUCCCACACCCGCACCGGAAGGACACACCAAAGGCUGGAAAGUCUACGUUCGGCCACUGCCCAACGGCCCGGACAUGACCACAUGGCUGAAGAAAGUCCAAUUCAAGCUGCAUCACACCUACAACGAUGCGUCACGGACUAUCGAAGCCCCUGGGCCGUUUGAGGUUGCCGAAACCGGAUACGGCGAGUUUGGAGUCGAGAUUAGGCUAUAUUUUGCGCAGGAGAGUGGAGAGAAGGCGGUGUACAGGGAGCACUAUCUUGUGUUGGGACCUUAUGGGAGUGAUGAGCAGAAGGCGAGGCAGGAGAAGGAGAAUAUGAUUGUGGCGGAGAGGUUGGAGACCGUGGAGUUCAAUGAGCCGACGCAGGAGUUCUACAAGACUUUGACGAGUGAGGAUCAGUUCAAUUGGCUGAAGGUGAAGAAGGGUCGAGGGAAGGGGAAG